AUGUUUGGAGAGACGUUUAAAAAUUUUACAAUAAAUUUUAACGCUUUAAAUCCGAGAGCCAGCUUCUCAAGUGGCGACGUUCUGUCUGGUCAGAUACAGUUUGAGCUUACAAAAGAUACCAAAGUACAUUCGAUAACUCUUUGCCUUGAAGGAGGUGCAAAGGUUUCAUGGACGACACGACGCAGAGGGAGAAAAGGACGCACACGUACACAAGUCCACUCAGCCAGACUGGAAUUCUUCAAAUUCAAACAUGCUCUGCUGCAAGAAAACAAUGCAACUGGUCCUUCUAGACUCCCAGUUGGAGUUCAUGUGUAUCCCUUCUCAGUUCAGAUCCCACAUGGGGAUUUUCCGCCAUCCUUCAAAGGAGUUAAUGGCCGUGUACUCUAUACUUUGAUGGUUGAAAUACAUAGACCAUGGCACAUGGCCAAACACUUCGAAACUGAAGUCAAGUUUGAAAACCAUACCAAUUUCAAUCGCCCAGAGCUACUGGUGUCUUACACCCUGCUCUGCUGGAUUGUCUCAGGGGCGUCUUUGCACAGCCUACACCUGGGGCCCUGCCUGAGGUUUCUGCUGCCUGAGGUAUUCACUAAGCACUUCACCACUUGGGGCCAUCUUCUUGAUGUAGUUUUGGAUCUUUGCUGUUUCAUCCUGGAUAGUGGCUCUGAUGCUCACCAGUCCUCAGCCUCCUUCAUUCCGCUUAGUGUACAGUCUCAGGAUCCUAGAUUUGGGGUGAAAUCCUCCAUGCACUGUAAGGAGCUUUCUUGUCUUGAUGUCAGAGAGAUGUUGAAAAUCAUAAUGCAAAUUGACAAUGCCUCCAGUCGCACUGUCACUCCAAAGGCCUGCCUGAUUCAGAAACAAUCAUUUUACACCCUCAACAAACGUCAGAGGAGAUGUGUGCCUAGACAACUGGUUCAAACUUAUGGCCAGGCUGUGAACCCUUACACCACUGAUGUCUAUUGUGAGAUGAUGCUUCAAAUCCCAGAUGAUGCACCUCAGACAAUUACCAACUGCCAGAUUCUUGAGGUGGAAUACUCUGUGAUGGUGAGUCUUAGUAUUUCAGGUGGGGCCUCUAAUCUUGAGACGCUCUUCUUCAUCGUGCUGUGCAGUGCCCCUGUGUAUCAGCCUGCAGCAAAUCAGCCUCAAGUCUAUCCACCUCAAGUCUCUCCACCUCAAGUCUUUCAACCGCCAACCUCAUUUCCAACAUAUCCGCCUCCAGCAUAUCAGUCUGUGAUGAAAGGAACAUAA